AUGCCUGUCUCUGUCGCCGUCCUGAUGCGAUCGUUUCACCUCGCGCAUGGCAAACGUUGCAUCCCAUCACGCAACAGCGACUCACCCUCAAUCGAGCUCAAUCUUGCCGACUUCAGGCAGCUUUCCUUCGUCAUUGGCGCAAACUGGGCGGGUUGGACGAGGAAGGUCCCAAUGGCGUGGAAGGCAGACGGAUUUCUUCUGGGCCACGAGCCCAUAUCCGUCGUCUGUCGCUAUGGUCAGAAUACACCCAUUGGAGGAGCUGGUAUGGAGGAUAUCGAGAUGGAAAACUGGCGCAGGGAUCGUAACUACCGCAAGAUUCGCUACGUGGCAUUUGCUAUCGCAUCGCAGAUUUCAUGUUCAGAGGUUGAGGAAUGGGAAGAGAGACCAAUCGAGGAUGUCAUGCGGAGAGCGCCUCUGUACGACUCUCCAGAUCCUCGAGUUCGGGAGCCGAUUGAGGACCUUGCUGAAGUGCCUCUGCGGGACGAGGACGGCCGUGAGAUUAAUUUAUAUGACGCUCACGGGCGUCGGGUUCCUCGUCUGCAGGUUGCACCAUUUGCCGACACGAAGAUAUGCGACGUGAAGGUCAACCUUCGUACCAUUGGAAACGCGUUCAAGGCAGAUUAUGGUCAGCAAUACGCAAUGGACGAGUACAACGCAGACAAUCAGGGAGCCGACGACCCCAACGAGGUCGCGUACGAGGGUGAUGAUGGCGAUCAGGACGACGAUUCACGGUGGGACAACUAUGACAAUGUCUUGGGCGAUGAUGGCCCUGUGGAGCCAACGAUCUCCGUCUACCCCCAGGCGUUUAUCAGGCACAUCGGGAAUAUGCAGGCAACAGGUCCCCCGACAUCGCUCAACCCUUUCAUCAAAGCAAUCAACAAUCGAUAUCGCGACAAGCGUCGUCGCAGUCACCUGGAAUCCGUUGGAGACGAUGGCGAGGGGCGCGGCGACAGCGAUGAUGACGACAACGACAACGACAACGACGACAACGACGACGACAACGACGACAACGACCACCACGACAGUCACAUCAAAGCUCUUACUGCUGUCGCAUUCCAGGGUUACUCAAAGAUUUCGCAUCGCGUACGUCCCUCAGCAGGAAUGCACGAAACUACACACGGCCUGGGAGGAAUGGCGCUCGCAGGUGCUUACACUGCCAAGGGGCCAGCACGACGGGUCUUUCAAAACGUCUACAGCAAGGUGGCAAAUGGCAUGCCACAUCACCGGUACAAUGAACGCAUUCUGGAGCACGACGCUCCCCGGGAGCUUAGGGUGGAAACCGCCUAUCAGGUGGACAUGAACGCCCUCACUCAUGAGGAGCGGACUGGCGUCGGCCUCUAUCAAAACAUCCUGCUACCUUUGGUAAAUGCCUGGACUCACCCUCGUGUUAUCGACGAGUUCAAGCAGCAUCUGGUCGUAUUCAAGGGCGAGGUGUCGCCGGCAUACACUGCAUGGACGACGUAUGGCGUCACAUGUGUUCUAGAGAAGAUCUGGGACCUGAACAAGGACAAGGUUGAAAAUGUCGUCAACAAUCCAGCUGCCGAUCACAAAGACGAAGACCUUCCACCUGUUUCCGACAUCGAGAUCAUGGCACUCUGGGAGCGCAUCUUAGCCUAUGCACACACUGGGAAUGCGAAGGUGUUAUCACCGGCGCUCAUGCGCCGGACACUUCUCCUCAUUAGCCUCCUCUCCCAAGGCCUCCCUACAGUUGAUCCUCAGGUUAUGUCGGUCACUCCCAAUCGCGCGACGGCGGUGUUCAUCCGACCGGAGCACUGGCCCAUGAAGGCAGACAGCAAGGAGCCAGCUAACGCUUCCAAGAGAGCGCAGACGCUCACAUACGGACAAGCUCAUUUUGAGAUGGUAUUCACUCGCCUCCGGAUUUAUCUUGCCUCCUACCACAUGGCAGCGAAUAGAUAUCUAACACUUAGUGGACCGCUGCGACACGCUGCCAUCAUCGGCGAGAUCUUUCUGCACAUCUUCAUCGCCGACAUCAAGAGACUUGUGGCCACAUCAGUGAAGGAGAACCUCGCUAAGCAGGUCAGGAAUCGUCCGAUUACCGAAUCGUCGCUGGGCGGCGGACCCGACAUUAUAGUACGUCAGGAGCGAGAGGCUCGCCAGAAGUUCCUCGAUCGGUGGAUGUCUGCGUCGCGCCCUCUCUCGUUCACGCCUGGUGACACAAUGGCCGCUCUCCUUAUGGCGAUCACCGAGGACGCGUCUACGAUAGGACUUGGACUCCCUAAUCCGACGCAUCAGCAACUCAGCUUACGCGAAUUCGUCCAACAUCUCUACCGUAUGGGAAGGCCGACCAAUCCGGAUACGUUGCAGUCGCCCCUGGCGAAUGGAGGAUCGGCAGCUAGCGUUCUGCGCGUCGCAGUGAACGCAAUGAUCGCACAUGCACCACGGGAUAUGCGGGAGGAAACAAUAAGUCCCACGAUCAAGCGCAUGCGUAGCGAGGCUCUCGAGAAAUGGGUGUGCAGGGCGUUCGCCAAUGCUGUGCAGGAGCUCCAGAUUCACUUUGUGCCUGCCAAAUCGGCAUCUACCCAAGGUCGUCCGGGCCGGUGGGCAUGCGCCUUCUCAUGGGAGACACUCGGAAAGGCCGAUGCCCAGAGCGACCUUCUCAGAGAGCAGGCUAUCGAUGCGGCGCUGACGCCGGUACAAAUCAACAACAGGAAUGCUUUGGAGGCUAGUCGGCGCGCUGCAAAUGAUCACGUUCAUGUGAAAUGGAGUGCAAGCGCGACGCCCCUCCAGGAUCUUGGGGAAGCCAUGCGCCGUGAAAAGCUUCCUGAGGAGUUCGAGUUGCCCCCCAACGUGCUGCAGCUCCCCGGAGAGCCCAGCGCGAAGUACGUCCGCGACACGUAUACGUGGGUCCGUAGAAACUUCGCGCACGACAACCCAGUCCACAAGCUCGCUCUCCUAUGCGGCAUUGUCAUCUCAAAGGUUCUACCAAAGGUGUUUUACGACGAGGGUGCCGCUGAUGCAGUGCUUACUGGGAUGACUUCGUCGGAGACGAUCAAGAUCAUACGCAACCUGCCUUGGAUCGCUAAAGAUGGGGAGACGGAUAAUGGGCGCGGCGUGGAGACGUCCUAUCGGAGAGGUGCCAGCGAUCCCGGGCCGUAUCUAGUAGGAUUCGUCACUGCCAUGAUUGCCUUUCUCGAGCCGGAAUCGCCUUUGCGACAGCACUUCGCGGUCGCUCGCGCUUUGGGUAAACCAUGGACAAAGAGGAACAGCGCAAAGGGGAUCGGACACCUCUUGUUUGCACGCAUGGGCCUGGCAUGGGUCAAAGGCGGUCGGAGCUGCUUUCGAGCCUGUAGAUUUAUCAACGACUGGAACUUCCACGACAGGGCCACGCUGAUCAAGAUGUACGACAGCUUCACGGCCUCCUUAGGUGAUCUGCCGCAUGGCCCCUUUGACGUCGCGUUGAAGCUUCUUGGUGCUAAACAAGCUUUGGACCUUGCCCAUGACGGGCGGAUGUGCUACGCUCGCGCUGGAAUCGACGAAUCGGUGAGGUUGAACGUUGACAUUCUCGACUCUCAUUUGCCACCUUCGUCUCCACCGAUGUCCAUCUUUGACGACGACGAAUGGGAAGACGAUACACGCUCAGGACGUUCGACGAAGCGGAAGUCGGCCAAGCGCUCAUACGAGACUGCAUUUGACGUCGACGAGUUCGAGCCCGGCCCAUCGAGCAGAGUGCAGCGUCGUCGCCGAUCGUAA